AGAGAGAGAGAGAGAAAGAGAGAGGGAGAGAGAGCGUACUGACUUUUGAUCUUUGGUGUUGAUAGCUCCAUCAUUCUUUACCGGAAAAAUGAAGCGCCAGAAGCUCGAAGGAUUGGAAGAAACCAGGGAGCUUCCAGACAGCAUGUGGGUUGAAAUUCUGUCGAGAUUGCCUUCUAAAACUUUGGCUUGGGUGAGGUUUGUUUCGAAAAAAUUUAACCACAUUGUAUCUGAUCGCAAGUUCAUCAAGAGUCAGCUGAAGCCCAGAGAGCAGCUAUCGGGUUUCUUUUUUCAAGAUGAGCUGUCUAUCGUGCCUAAGCGUGAGCGUGCUAAUUACAUAAGUGUAGAUAGGGCCUUCCCAAAAGCUGAGAAAGAUGUUCUUAACUUUCUCCCGACCCCCCCGGAGAAUGUGGUUAUCGUGUCCUCGAGCAAUGGCCUUGUCUGCUUCAAAACUCGCUUAGCUAGUUAUGAGAACAAGUUUUAUGUCUGCAAUCCUUUGACCAAGGAAUGUAUAACUCUGCAGUGGUCUAAUAAUCGCCCGUUUAGGACCAUGCUAACCCGCUGCUUGACAGCGCUGAUAUUCGAGCCCUUCAAAAGCCAGAUAGAUGUUUCCACUGAUUUUCAGGUUGUCACAAUUUUCCAAUCACAAGCUUUUGAGGGUGAAUUUGAAGGUGUGCGCUUGUCUUUUCACAUAUAUUCAUCACGAACAAAAGAAUGGACAAUAUCUAGAGAGACUUGCACUUGCGAUAGAGAAUUGCUGGAUAUGGAAUUUGCCGUUGUUGAAGGAGUCAUUUAUUGUCGUACUUACGACCAGUGCAUCCUCAUGUUCAAUCCCGAGACUGAGCAGUCUUUCUUGUUUUCGAAACCUGAUCCAAAUUCCAGUGAUACACCUGAAACGUUAUUGGGAGAUGCUGCAGGCAAGCUGCAAUUUUUGCAAUUAUAUGAGGACAGAGGACUUCAAGUAUGGGAGCUCGAGGAUUCGUCUUCAUCUGACUGGUCAGUAAAGCACUCCAUAUCUCUGGAGGAGAUUGAAAAGGAGAAUCCAUGCCUGGAAGGAGUUCUCACGACUAACGAAAUCACACUUUUGUCGUUCAAGGAUAUGACGUUGUUGAUGAUUGUAACAACUGGUGUCUAUGCAUUCAACAUUGAGACCAAGAAGGCCAAACUGCUCUGCCCUUCUUCUGAAUUGACGUACAACCGCGGGAGAGAUUAUUGGUGAUUCCAUACACAAUGAGCUUGGUUCCACUUGGUUAGUUGUAAUGGCAUUUUGCUUCUUUUAGGUUCACUUCCUAAGACCACACCCUGAGCUUUUGAUGUCACUUCACUUGAUUACUUGUGGUGGCUUUCUUGCUUCUUUUAGGUUCACUUCAUAGCAACCACAAGAAAUGAUAUGUAUAUAUGUGGCUACUACAUCAAAUACUUCAAACUUUACUGCAAAAGUGCAAAGUAUGCUUGCUUAGGCCUACAUCAAAUACUUCAAACUUUACUGCAAAAGUUCAAAGUAUGCUUGCUUAGGCCUACCUUGUUUCUUGGGAAUUAGUCUUUUUGCAAUAUCUCAUACAACU